AUGGUUUGGAAAGACCAGAACGAAGAGUUCGUAAAGUACAUGGAAAGCAUCUUUCUCGCUGCGGCACAUAAUCGCGACCCAGCCAAAAUGGAAGCAGUCUGGAGAGAACAGAUCAAGGGUUUUGGAGAGGAAUAUCGAGAAGUUCUGGAGAAACCAAGCGCUUUACAGUCCGCUGUCAGGGUUUUCAGACAAGUUUAUGCCCAAGGAGGGGCAGGUCAUGGCCUCGACAUGAAGCUCAACACUGAACCUUGGGGUUUCAAACUGGAGGACAUCGAGUACGAGAGUAUACGACUAUGGUACGGGUUUGCAGACGAGAAUACUUCACCAGAAAUGGGACGAUACAUGGCAGAGAGGCUACCAAAGGCGAUCUACAAGGAGUAUUCCGGGGAGACGCACUACACUAUAUGGAGGGAAGACCUGUUGACGGAAUUUCUCAAAGACCUGAUACGCUGA